CUGUCCAGUUAGGCGAUUCACUGCGGAACCGAAGAAAUCCUGCCAGCAGAGGCGGGGGAAUGAAAUGCAGGGAACGCUAAACGGAAGUUGACGGACGAUUGCAAGCUUUUAUGAGAGGGGCGAGUUCAGACACAAUAUUAAACUAUUGAGAAUUCGAAAUUUUCCAGUGAUUUAAUCCCCCCUUCCCUACUCUAUGGCUUCUGGUUCCAACAUGGACAUAAAGGGCGCGACGCAGCACCUUCGGGACAUCUUAAAACUGGAUCGUCCCGAGUCUUCUUUGGUAGAGAGCCAGAGAAAACCAUCUUUCAAUGGAGAGCUAAACGGUGUUCUCGGAGCGGAUCUUAUUGGAGCAGGAGGACUUGCCACAAUGGUGGAGCCAACAGCUCACAACUCAGACAAACUCAAUGGACAGGACACACAGACUAUCUGCCUUUCAGGAGACGAUGGGUCCACUUGUGUCCCCAUCAGAGCAAACAAUGUUGAAAUUGUGUCCAGUCGUGACUCAAGUAUUGACAGUAAGGCUCGAGGCAGCAACAAGGUUAAAAUUCAGCCAGUGGCCAAAUAUGACUGGGAGCACAAGUACUACUAUGGCAAUUUAAUAGCCGUGUCCAACUCAUACUUGGCUUAUGCCAUCAGAGGCGCAAACAAUCAUUCUAUGAUCCGAGUGCUGCGGCUGGGAUCAACCGAGCGUUUGCUGCUGAAGGGCUUCACCGGUGCAGUCACAGACCUUGCUUUCGCCCACUUGGACUCCAACCUUUUGGGCUGCGUGGAUGAGGCUGGAAACAUGUUCAUUUGGCAGCUUACAAGCCACAGCAGCAAAAUACAAGAUGAAGUGAUCGUUCACAUCCAAAGGCCUGAGGACACUCCACUAAAUUCCAACCGCAGACUCAUCUGGUGUCCCUUCAUCCCGGAGGACAAUGAUGAGAACCCAGAGGAUGCGUGUCAGACACUGGCACUCCUUCAUGAAGACCGAGCUGAGGUUUGGGACCUUGACAUCCUCCGAUCCAAUAACAGCUCAUGGCCUGUGGACGCCACAGAACUGAAAGAGGGCUUCAUCACCAUUAGAGGACACACAGCACGCAUUAGUGAGGGAGCUCUGUCCCCUGAUGGCACGGUCUUGGCCACAGCCAGUCAUGAUGGAUUUGUAAAGUUUUGGCAAAUCUACAUUGAAGGACAGGACCAACCCAGCUAUGAUGAGCAUAAGAGACUUCUUUCAAAAACACAAAAUCUUACCGACUCCAAACCAACCAAACGAUGCCUGCAUGAAUGGCAGCCUCAUAAUGGACGACCUCUUUCCUGCUUGCUCUUUUGUGACAACCACAAGAAGCAAGACCCAGAAGUUCCUUUCUGGUGCUUCCUGAUCACCGGAGCUGAUCAGAACCAGGAACUUAAGAUGUGGUGCACAGUGUCAUGGACGUGCUUACAAACUAUCAGGUUUUCCCCAGAUCCAUUCAACAGCAGUGUACUACCCAGCCUGAAGGCCAGUUUGGACCUGUCUGCAGAAUUUCUCAUUCUCAGUGAUGUUCAGAGGAAGGUGUUGUACGUCAUGGAGCUGUUACAGGAUCAGGAAAAAGGUUGUGCCAGCUUCACUGCCAUUUCAGAGUUUCUGCUUACACACCCUGUGCUCAGCUUCGGCAUACAAGAUGUCGCCCGUGCCAGACUGCGCCACACAGAGGUCCUUCCCCCUGAUGAGGAAAGUGAAAGCAUGACGACAGAAGGAAACCAGGGACCCUCGGAGUCCAAAUCAGGAAUCCAGAUUAAACUCUACUGUGUGCAUACAAAAUCACUACAGGAUGUGCAGAUCUGGUUCCAGCCCAAUCAGGGGGCCUCUUCCUCUCUUUUCAUGCCACAGUCUGGAUCACAGGAUAGCUUUGGUUUUUCUGACCCACUGGCUGAUCUGAAUGUGGAGGCAAUGAGCUCUGAUAAAGAGUCUGGUGAUAGUGGAUCACAGAAUGACCUGAGUAAGAUUCUGGCUCUUCCAACUCCAGCUGACUUCAUGAGUCCAGCCCCAUCAGCCUUGCCCAAACUCAUGACCCCAGAUGCCUUCAUGAUGCCCAGCACCUCCAUACCCGCUUCUCCUGGCAGCAGUGCCAGCAGCCUGACCAUAGUCACGGCCAUGAGCAGCUCAGAUAGCGGUGCGAGAGGUGGAGACGAUCUGGCCCAGAGCCCUAAAAUGUCUGUUGAAUGUGGCAACAGCAGCUUGACUCUGAAUGCCAGCGCAGGCAGUCCAAGAUCCAACUCUAUCCUCAUCUCAGGCCUUGGGGAAAAUAUCCAGGUUUCCCCUCCAAACCCUCCUCUCUCCCUGGAUCUCCAGGUCUUAGACCCUAUGGUUGUCCCCCUGGCCUCUCCAACCAGAGCUCGCUCUCCGGAUGUCAUCUCCUCUGCUUCUACAGCAAUGUCCCAGGACAUCCCCGAGAUUGCCUCAGAGACCCUGCAGAGGGGGCUGGCUGGUGCCGCUGCUGACUCAGGCCCUGUCCUGCAUUCUGACAGUAUGGCAUCAGCCGCAUCAGUCCUCCACCUCUUGUCUCCAAGAGCCCGGAGCAGUGCUGAGCACAGUUUGCUUUCUCUGGAAUUGGGUGCAGCAUCUGUGGAUGGAGAACAGAGACACAAUAACACACCCUCCCUGCUGGAGACGGCUCUGUCGCAGGAGAACGCAGUAGCGGCUGGAGGAUGCUGUUCUGACAGCAGUGUGAACCACACCUGGCCCGCAGCACCUGAUAUCACACGAGAAACUCGCAACAGCCUGAGAGACAAUGGUUUGGGAGACUGCUCUAGGGAGGAAAUAAAGGACAGACACAUUUCUUCUCCAUACCACAGGCGCACAUAUCACCUGACUCAGAACGACAGUCAAGAUGCAAGUGCAGAGCAGAGUGAUCAUGAUGACGAGGUUGCCAGUCUGGCCUCCUCAGGAAAUUGUGGCCCUCGCUCCUCUCACAGACUUCCUGUGAAAGACUGGAAAACAUCUCCCCGCAGCUCCCCUAAGCUCAAGAGGAAGAGCAAGAAGGAUGAAGGAGAGUCCUCACAAUCUAGACAGAUUGAGAACCAGAUGAGCAUAGAGGUGCAGGAUGAGCUCCUACAGAUGUUACGGAGCCAGCAAAGGGAGAUCGCUGAGCUGAGACAGAACCAGCUGGACCUUCUGCAGAGAGUCACCAGCCACAUGGACGCUGUGCAGAGCUCCAUCAUGGCUCAUAUUGAGCACGCCAUGUUGGCUCAGCAGGAACAAGAACAGAGAAGAAUGGAAAGAAUUCUGGCUGAAGGACAAAGUCGGAACCAACAGCUCCAGGAUCAGCUGGUUCAGCAGCUCGUCCAGACUCUGAACAACAGUCUCAGCAACCGGCUAGACAAAGUUUUGCGUGAAGAAAUGAAGAAGACCGUCCCACAAGCCAUAUCGAAGAGUCUAGAACCUGUGACUGGCCAGAUGAGCAGCACCAUCGCUGCUAAGUUAACCGCAGUGGAAGGAACACUGAAGGAAAAUGUCACCAAAGUUGUUAAAUCCAAGAACACCACGGAUGCUAUCGGUCGUGCUGCUGCAGAGGCCAUGCAGGGACCCAUCCAGUCAGCCUACAAAGAGACCUUCCAAAGCAUUGUGCUGCCCGUGUUUGAGAGAGGCUGCCAGUCCAUGUUUCAGCAGAUCAAUGACAGCUUCAAACAGGGAACCAAUGAGUACAUCCAGCAGCUGGAGACACACAUCAAGAACAGGAAACAGCGGGACCAGGACGCACGGGAUCCUGUGAUUGGCCAGCUGCAACAGAUGAUUGACACGCUCCAGAAUUCUCAAGACCAGCUGGCCACCACUGUGACGACCAGCGUGUGCUCUGACGUUCAGCGUCAGCUCCACAUGAUCGUGGGAAAUCUGCAGGACUCAAUCCUGACGCAGGUGCAACGCAUAGUGAAAGGAGAGGUGAGUCUGGCCAUGAAGGAGCAGCAGGCAGCUGUCACCUCCAGCAUCAUGCAGGCCAUGCGCUCGGCCGCAGGAACACCUGUACCCUCUGCACAUCUGGACUACCAGGCCCAGCAGGCCAGCAUACUGCAGUUACUACAGCAGGGCCAGCUCAAUGAGGCCUUCCAACAGGCUUUAUCUGCAGCAGACUUGAAUCUGGUGCUGUAUGUGUGUGAGACCAUUGACUCCCAGCAAGUGUUCGGCCAGCAGACCUGUCCACUCCAUCAGGCCGUCCUUCUGUCUCUCAUCCAGCAGCUCUCCACCAACCUGAGCACACGCACAGAACUCAAGAUCAGCUAUCUUGAAGAUGCUGUAAUGAACCUGGACCAUGGAGAUCCAGUCACCAGAGACCACAUGUCUGCAGUGCUGUCCCAGGUCAGACAGAAGCUCUUACACUUCCUGCAGCAGGAUGCCCACAGCCCUCUUUGCAAGCGUGCUCGGCGCCUCAUGAUGAUGCUGCAGGGCCUGGUCAGUCACUAGAAGAGCCCCUCCGGAUGGCGCAGCUGACAUCUUCACAACCUCUCGGUCAUUGUUCUGCUGUCUCGUAGACGACCGUCAUGACCUCAUACCACCCUGCUGUUCAGUUGUGGCUCUCAUCGGCUUUGGACUACAUCACCCCCCCCCCCAUCUUCCCCUCCCUCGUUCCUUCCAGACUAUUUUUGAUUUUGUUUCUCUGCACAUGUGAAUAAUCCUCAGUUUGUAUGCAACACCAUUAUGAAUGCAGAACGGGACAUGGCUACUUCAGUUAUUUUCAUUAUACAUUCAAUACCAGGAGACCUUUUUUUUUUUUUUUUUUUUUUCAUUCUUGACACAUCAGGAACAAGACUGUGAAAAAUGGGUGGUUUCAUGGCUGCUCUGCUUUUUUUUCCCCCUUUUAUUUCCUGCGGUGGAAUGCCGUCAAACGUUAUUGAUAAAGGUUGUAUUUAGGCCACUUAUCUGACUCAACUGUUCUGCUGAAAAUAAUUUGGCCAAGUUGCUGCUUUUUCAUGUCAAGUGGAGCAUCAUACAUGUUCCUGGAAUUUUUGUUAAUGCUAUCAGGAUUUGAAAUGGCCAAAGCAAGAUUUUCGUUCGAACAGAUUAAAUUCUGGACUUCUGCAAAAUCGACCCCUUUUCCAAUCAGCAGAGCCCUGUAAAAUAUAUAAGAGGGCUUAUUAUGUUACCAAGGAAUGCUAACAAUAUAGUUGCUUACAAUUCUUCAAAUGGAGCCUUGAGUCUAUAACUUGUAGUACGUCUGUAAGUCUCUAGAGGGCAGGCAUUUAUGUUAUCUUCUUUCUAAUUUUAUAUGCUGCUUUUGUGAUUUUUCAGCUCUUCUGCAGAAUUACACUACAGUGAAUGGCUCUUCUAUUUUUCUUUUCUUUUUUUUUUUUUUAAUACAGGGUUUUUUUUCUGUGAAAUUUUUCUUUUGUAUCACAGCACCCAAAUAUUUGAAAGUGUUGGAGAAAGUGGCCCGUUCUAGUCAGUUGAUUGUAUUUGAUUUAGACUGAGAUUGCCAACACUUGUUAUUGAUUAGGAGGGACUAUUUGGUCAUGCCCUCUGAUAAAGGAAGAACGAAAAGAAAGUGCCUUAUCAGACUAUUGUGUAUCAUAUAUUGGUAAUCAGGUCCUCUGACCCUACAUUGGGCGCCACUUUGGUGUGUGUGUGUGGCCUAUCUCCAAGCAAAUUUUCUUUUUCACUAAAACACCGAAUUGAAGUUAGGAAGGGACAGGUUUGUUACUGAAACAUUUUCUUGCAAGUGCUGUAAACUGUGAUCUGAUUUUAUUUUUUCAGUCAUUCAUUCCUCACAAGUUUCAUGCUAAUGCAAGGAGGAAGUGCCGGCCCGGUUGAUUGUGUUUGUGUUAACACAUUAUUUGUUCCCCUGUCGUCUUUAUUUUUAGAGCUGUGCAUAUUAUAUCCGUAGCCAUUUGCAGCAGUCAGUGUGGCUCAUUAGGACAUUUUUACAGGGUGUAGGCAAUGUGUCCUCUUGCUUUUUUUUUCUCAUAUGUAUAAUUAAAAAAAAAGCUCUGUAACAGACAUGAGCCUGCUGCACAAUUGUGGGUAAAUCUGAGGCGCUAAUAAGGAUGUAUUAAACUCAGCAUGCUUGCAUGCUAAUGGUGAGAGCCAUGUACUCAAACAUAGUUAACCUGUUUUUACGAAUUCAACACCCAGCUUUUGUUUAAGCCUUGUAAGCCUGGAUUAAUCCUUUUUCAUCUUAAUUUCUUUUAUUUGCAUAGUAUAGAGUCCAGCAAAGACGAGCCAUGAUCAGAUAGAUUGUCUGAUUCAAUUUUAUGUUUUGUCAGGCUGAAAGCAUCCUCUUGUCAGUUUUAAGAUUCGUUGCAGUGCAAGGUUAAUUGAUUUUCGAUGCUGUUUUAGACCUGUCUGAUUAUCUCUGGGUUACUGUACUAAUACACAUUGCCUUCAGUUUUUGAGGCUUACAAACUUUUUUUCCCGUCAAGAGGUUCACAUCGCAGGUUGUGUAUGAAAAUUGAAUUGUCAUUUUUUUCCAUUGUGUUUUGAUUUUUGUUCCUUGUGUUUGCAAUUUUGUUGUAUAUUUUACACUCAUUUCUUUCAUCCUAGACAUUUUGGAAUAAAAAAAGGAAAACAUUGUUCAAUGUUCA